CGAAUAUAAUAGUGCCAAGUUCCAUUCUAAUUGUAUUAAUCGGUCUUUGAGCAAUGCGACUGUGGCAGCUGUAGCCUAAACCAGUACAAAUCCCCCCUCCUCCCAUCUGAUUGCUACGUGGAGUGGACUCGUUGCUUUGAGACAGACGGCACUGAAUCGGCGUGUGUGCAAAAACACACCUCUAGCACGGCUACAUCAGGUCGAGGCCCGGGCUUGCCAUACCUCGGUACGGUAACCCUGCUCAGCCUUUCUCCAGACGAAAAAAAGGCGAUCCGUUAUUGUAUCGCAGAGGCAUUUGCAUCUAGGGAGUAUGGCAGAAGCGGACUUACAAACCUUUACAUCUAUCAUGGACGCGCUGGUUCGCAUCAGUUCCAACAUGAAGAGCAUGGAACAGGAGCUGCUUUGCCCAGUGUGUGAUGAGAUGGUGAAGCAGCCCAUCAUCCUGCCCUGCCAGCACAGUGUGUGUCUGCUUUGUGCAGCUGAGGUGUUGGUACAAAGAGGCUAUCCUCCUCCAGAUCUCCCUCCAGAGCCUUACUCACCAUCCUCCACACCCAACACCCGAUCCCCACGACAGACACGCAGACCUGCUCCCAGGACGCCUGAUCGCCUGGAGCGGGUCCUUAGAACAGGUCCCCACACCUGCAUCACUCUCCCAGUGUGCGGGACAUACCCAGGGCGACGGCGGAAGGAGACCCAUCCCCCCAUGCUGUUUCCCUGUCCUUCCUGUCAGCAGGAUAUAGAGCUCGGGGAGAAAGGCCUGACAGACUGCCUUCGCAACCUCACCCUGGAGCGCAUUGUGGAGAGGUACAGGCACACAGUAAGUCUGGGCAGCGUAGCCAUCAUGUGCAGUUUCUGUAAGCCUCCCCAGUCUCUGGAGGCUACCAAGGGCUGCGCUGACUGCAAGUCCAACUUUUGCAACGAGUGUUUCAAGCUCUACCACCCGUGGGGAACGCCUCGAGCUCAGCAUGAACACAUUCUACCUACCAACAACUUCAGGCCAAAGGUUUUAACAUGCACAGAGCAUGAGCAGGAGAGACUGCAGUGGUACUGCCGUACCUGCCAGAGGCUGCUGUGUCCACUUUGUAAGCUACGCCGUAUCCAUCAUGGGCACAAAGUUUUGCCUAUAGCACAAGCCUACCAGGCACUCAAGGACAAGAUUACCAAGGAAGUCAACUUCAUUUUGGCAAACCAGGAGACAAUACAGAGUCAGAUCACUCAACUGGAGGCUGCCAUCAAACACAUGGAGGCCAACAGCGCAGUGGCUCUACAGCACUUGACUCACUGUAUCCAUGAGCUGGGAGCGGCUGUAGCUGAGCGCCAGGGGUCUUUGACCUUGGCCUUGGAGGGAUCCCGCAGCAGAAAGGAGGAGGCCCUGUCCUCUCAGGUCUUUGAGAAGCAAGGCCUGCUGGAGCAGGCCGGUCUAAUGGUCUACACUCAAGAGCUGCUGAAAGAGACGGAUGCACCCUGCUUUGUGCAGGCUGCGAGAAUAACACACAACAGGCUGGUGAAGGCUAUAGAAAAUCUCCAGUGUUUCUGUCUUGCUGCCGAGCCCUCCUUCAGACACUUUCACCUGGAUGCAUCCAAAGAGAUCAAGAUUAUAAACAAUUUGGACUUUAUACAAUCUCCACUGGCUCCAGUCAUUGACACUCAGAAGACGUUAGCUUACGACCAGCUUUUUUUAUGCUGGCGGCUCCCUCAGGACUCAGCUCCAGCGUGGCACUUUUCUGUUGAAUACCAGCGGCGAGCAGGAGGAGCUGCGGCCACGUGGGGUGGCAUCAGAUCCCCUAAUUCGGCCACAGCUUGGCUGCGCAUCGAUGAAGUGAAGGGCACUAGUGCUGUGGUCGCUCGACUGCAGAUGGACAGCGUGUAUGUGCUGAGAGUGAGAGGGUGCAACAAGGCUGGCUUUGGAGAGUACAGCGAAGAGGUUUACCUCCACACUCCACCAGCACCUGUCUUGAGUUUUUCUCUAGACUCUCGCUGGGGCUUGCAUGCUGACCGGUUGGCACUGGGUAAAGGCCAAACCUACGCCCGCAGUGUGCCAGGCCUCUCCCUUCUGCAGGCUGCCGAUCGCACACUAACAUCUUGCCACUUGACCUCUGACUUACUGGUGGCAGACUUGGCUGUCACUCAAGGCAAACACUACUGGGCAUGCUCUGUAGAGCCUAGUUCCUACCUGGUAAAGAUAGGAGUUGGGCAGGAGGCUAAGCUACAAGAGUGGUUCCAUCUCCCUCAGGACAUGGCCAGCCCUCGCUGCGACCCAGACAGCGGCCAUGACAGUGGGGCUGAGGAUGGCCAGGACUCCCCUCCAUUCUGCUUCCUCACUAUGGGCAUGGGCAAAAUCCUGCUUCCUCAAGGACACAGUCAAACUCAGAGCCAGGGUGACAGCCAGAGCCAUGGAGCAAUGCACUCCCACAGUAGCAGCCACAGUAGCAUGUCUCACCCUCACACUGCUCCUCUGCCACCUCGGCUAGGAGUGUGUCUGGAUUGCGACAAAGGACGAGUCACCUUCUACGAUGCCCACUCUUUGCGUAUCCUAUGGGAGGGACACGUGGAUUGCUCCGCUCCGGUGUGUCCGGCAUUUUGUUUCAUUGGCGGCGGAGCCCUGCAGCUGCAGGACCUCGUGGCCAACCGGAGCAUUGAGGAGCCACCACCUCGGAGAGUAACCAUCCAAACAAGAGCAACGAAUCUAAGUAAAUAAACAGCUCAGAGAUGAGUCUGUGAAAUGAUCCCAGGCAGAAAAUUCUCUCUGGCUGAACUGUGACUGCUAAAUACAGUUCUAGUUUUCCCUUCAGUGUGAUCAAUAUAAAUAUCUGAUGUUCUUUUACAGUUGCACUUGGCCUGAAUUGAUCACAUUUCUCUUUUGGCUCUUUUUUUUCUUAUUAUAAAAAUUACUUUGGGAUGCUACAACUAAGGACACUGUAGCCAAAGUGGUUUUAGACUAUGCAGAAUUCUGUUCACAGGAUCUCCUCAAUAAUCUGUGUGCAACGCAAAAAAAAAAAAAAAAUCUGCUCUCCCUUUACUUUUGGCUAAUUUUUUCCCAGAAUAAUUGGAUAGCAUAAGCUGCAUGCAGGUGUAACUAAGAUCCAUAACUUGCGUAUAUGCAGAUAACUGACUGUCACCUUGUGAAAAUAACUCAGAUGUACUGUAUGCCUAAUUUUUUUUUUAUCUUAAAUUUUUAUGUAGCGCCAGCAAUGUGAAUAUAAAACAAAAUUAGAGAAUGUGAAUUUUCUUCCGUAGUUGAAUAAAAAGCUUCAGUUUUGGUUUUAUAUAGUCACUGUUUUGCAUUUCAAAAGAAUCGUGUGGCUUUUUGGCUGCGUAAACAUGCUCACAGUUGCCUACUUUUUUUGUGUGUGUGUAUGAUUAUAACACAAAUCAAAGAAACCUUCUGAAGGAAUACUGUUCUUGUUAUGCUGGCUGACAUAACCAUGUGAAUACAUUUCAAUGUGUCACAUUUUGAAAAGUUGGAAAUGUUCAUGGCCUGUUUGUGUCUUGUGUUUAUGGUGUUUGAGUGAUUUACACAUAAGUGUUAAUGAUCAGGUAAAUGAAGUGGAUUACUGAGGAGACAAACUGAAGUACACUUUAUAGUUCACUUUUCCUCCCUAUACCUUUUGAAACCUACAAUAUUAGCCAAGUUACUUAUUUCCUGUUAUGUAUCAUUUAAAUGCAAAGAGUUUACACUGUAGUAUUUUCAAAAUGACAGGCUCUGACUGUAUUUUGAUAUGAUUUUUUUUUUGUGGGUAUGUGUGGGUGUGGCACCCUUUCUGUGGUAUGUAUGUGUGUGUAUCCUGUCCUGUCCUGUCUUGAAUAACUCGUCUAUACCCCGUACAUAUGUUCCAGCACAGCACUUGAAUGACUCGAGACUGUAGCAUCUCAGAAAUCAGAGUCCUCCUGAUUUAGACUUUGCCUUGCUGGUGGAAUGUUUCUAUCAAGUCAAGAGAAAACAAUAAAAGAAUGGCAA